AUGAGCGUCAGCAUUAAGGUAUCAAUUCGAUGCAGGCCGUUCACGUGCGAUGACAAGCUGGGAGUCGUGAUGACGCAAAAUGGCGAGGAAGAGGGUGACGUGGAACUUAUCAACUCAACGUAUUCCACCACGAGAUUUCCGUUUAGCUACGCGUGGUGGAGCGCUUACGGCUACAAGCGGCACAUCCAGGGCGAUGCUCUUCAAGCCGACAAUAUGACCCUUGUCGACCAGCAAAUGGCUUACGAAAGCGUCGGGCGCAAGAUCAAGGCAGACCUGAUGGGAGGAAAUGCCGUCGUACUCUUUGCCUAUGGUCUUUCUGGAUCAGGAAAAACCUUCACCGUAUUUGGGCCGGAUGCUGUUGAUAUUCCUGAGGCGUGGUUCAAGCACGAAGAACCCCAUCCGUUGUGGGGCAUUUUUCCUCGUCUUGCAUACGAGUUGUUCAAGGAGAAGCAAGACGGUUGGAAGAUCUCGAUGAAGUACUUUCAGAAUGUCGUUGACACCGUGCGAGACCUUAUGUCACCUGUAGCUCAGGAGCAACAGUACAAGUCCGGUAUGCGCAAGGAUCCCGAUGGAUUCACAGAUAUCGACUGGUGCCAGUCGGUUGUGCUUAAAGACUGGAACGACUUGCGCAGAACUUUCAUGGCGGCCAACGCAAAGAAAGCUAUUGCACCGACACAAUUCAACCACCAGUCCACGCGUGGGCACUGCAUUAUGACACUCGAAGUAGAGAAACCCGACCCGGAACGCGAGGGUAUGAAACAAAGAGGUCGAGUUUAUGUGUGUGAUCUUGCCGGUACGGAGCCUGCUGGUGACAUCGUUUACGCCGACUACAAAAAAGUCGUCUUUGAAAACGGAGAAAUCGAGCACAAGUACUUGGGGCCUCACCCCGAUGCCUCAAAAUCCAAAGAAUUGCAGGACCAGGGCAAGAAGAUCAAUCUUUCACUGACGGAGAUGGCGCAGUUUUUCAUGAAGAUGGCGGAAGCUGUCAAAGCCAAUAAGCUUAAACCGGGCAUGUCGAUUCCGGGAUGCAAUUCGUACUUCUUGUGCAAAUAUCUCAAGGACACGAUGCUGCAAGCUCGGACAUAUCUGUUUUGCGCCAUUCGCCCCGAAGUCAAGUUUCACGGCUAUACGUUCUCUACACUGGGCUUCGCCAAGAACGCUUCGGUUAUCAAGCUUCAACCCAAGAAAGCUUCGACUGCUGCAAGCCCAGCGGAACGAAAGCUCAUGGCGGAACUGGAGCAGAUGAAAGCACUCGUAAGCCAAUUGAAGGACGAGAACGAACGUAUCGCGAAAGUGCGCAGUGUUUCUGCGGGAUCUUCGGCUGAAGGCGGCGAGAGUGCGGAAGUUUCGGGUGGUGAUGAUUCAGCUAGUGCACAGGUCGCGCAAUUGGCUGAGCUACUUAACCAGAAGCAGAAGGAGCUGGAGAAUGUGUUGAGCGGAGGAGGAGGUGGGGCUAGUGGUGGCAUGAGUGUGCAUGAUGAAAUGAUGCAGCGCCAACGCGAGGAGUACGGCAAGCGCGGCAUCCACUUGUAUCACUUCGAGGCCGACACGACGUCGCCUUAUCUUAUUAACCUGGAUGUCGACGCAUACCGGUCGAAGAGAUUUAUGUUUUUACUGGAUAAACCUCAUUUGACGGUGGGCCCACAGGGAGAUAUCCAGCCAAUGUCGCUCAGCAUAGUGAAUAACCAUUGCUCGUUUGAGAAUGAUGGCACGGAGAUCUUCCUUUCUGCCGGAGCCGGGGAAGUCAUACGCAACGGGAAAAAGAUCGAGAAAAAUGCACGCAUACAGCUUGUGCCCUACGACCGUGUCGUGAUUGGAAACGAGCUCAUGCUCUUCGUCUACCCGGGUCGAGAGCCUGAUGGAGAGCCACCUUCUGCAGAUACUGCUGCUGCAGAGUACAAGGAGGCUCUACAGACCGUCGAUACUUCCGCAAUGAACGAAUUGCAAGAGCAAAUGAAAAAAUUCGAGGAAGAGAAGGCUCGAUGGGAGAAGGAACGACUGGAACGAGAGGCUGCGGCAGCGGAAGCGGCGGCGGCUGCCGCGAUCGCCGCAAGUGCUAAUAACGCUGCAAACUCUGCUGCGGCUGAAGCUGCGGCUGCGGAGGCCGCUGCUGCGGCAGCUAAAGCGGAAGAAGAAGCAAGAUUGGCUGCAGAGAAGCAACGUGAGCUGCUGGCUCGGCAGGUGAAUGACCAGGAACUUCGGGAAGUACUACCCAAGAUCGCGGAGCUCACACAGAUAGUCAAAUUCCUGAAUCGUGAUGUUCUCAGCUUUGAGACAGCGCUACAGAGCUCAUCAAUGGAAGACAAGGAUGGCAAUGGUGCUACUGGUAUUCCGAAGGUCAAGGUCAAAGUUUACAACAAGGCCACGGACGAAACAAUUUUUCUGGACGUGUUCGAGUUCGUGAAGGCUCAUGCACUGCUGAAAGACGAAGUUGCUUUUCUUCGCAACGCGCUUAUGAACGACCGCGAAUAUGAAUCACCAGCAGGUCACGACCCGAUCACGUUACUUUUUGACAACUCGUUCCACAUUGGCAGCGCCACUACGUUCCUCGAGUAUUUGCUGUACAAUUUGGAGACGGAGCCGGACGAGUCUCAGCUCAGUAUCAAGCUGGCCGUUCCGCCGUUUAACACUAUCGGAAAAUUGCAAGUGAUAUGGAUACCGCUAUCGUCUCCAGAUCCUGAGAAACACAAUGAAGACGAUCUGAUGGACGUCGAAAGCCCGAGCGAUCUCCUUGGGAAGCCUUGGACAUUUAAAAUUCGCAUUGUAGGAGCAACCGGGCUGCCGAUCAUUACGGAUUUGGCCUACUGCCAAUACGAAUUUCUCGGGGAGCUCUUCACAACUGAAAGUGUCGAGCAGAAUACUCGAAGCCCCGUCUUCAACUACGAGUUUAUUCAUCAUGUAGAUUGCGUCACUGAGCAGUUUAUCGAGUACCUCCAGAGCGCACGCCUUGAGUUCCAGGUAUUUGUCAACCCGUACAUCCUCGAUCCGCCGAAAGACAAGAUCUCUACCAAGAAUCCCGCCAUCGCUGCGCAACUGAGCGAGGGACAUGCAGCCAAACCAACGACCGAAGAACUAGAAGCAAAGUGUGUUCACUUAGAAAAGAGCCUUGCAAGCGUGACAGAGGAUCUGAAUUUCUUGAGAGAGCAGUAUCGUGCCGCCGUUGGAAGUGAGCCUCCAACACGCCCUCUACCAAGCCUAGCUGAUUUAAACAACAUCUCCAAGAGCCCAACACACUCAGCACCGUGCACUCCACGAAAGAAAAUUGAAUCAGCCAAAGCUAAUGAUAUUCGGCUAAACAGCCCGACGGCGAAGGACAACACAACUACUCCGACCACGCCCAAUCGCACGGCGACUGAGUAA